GGAGGAGACACAGACAGGGAGAGAGCUGUGUGUAUGGGAGGACACUGAGAGCUGAACCUACCAGGCAUGUGACCCCAUCUGGUACACAGCAAGGGCGCAGGGGAAGUGAUUGCCAUGAGGCUCAUCGUGUGUCUCACACUUUUCAUCUCCCCUCUCGUGGCUAAGCCCUGCGAGGUGUACCCUCAGGGUAGAGCAGACUGCAGUCAUCUAGGUCUUCAGGACAUCCCGAGUUCCAUCCCUCAAAAUACACAGCACCUGGACCUGUCUAAUAAUUUCAUUCACUUCACCAAGCCACUGGAGGAAAACUUCCCAGAACUCCGUCUACUCAACCUCUCACAUAACCCGCUGCAAAGUCUUCCAAAUAAUUCCUUCCAGAACCUGCCCAAACUCCAAACGCUGGACCUCAGUGACUGUGGUAUCUUCACCCUGCACUACAACAUACUGAGCGGCCUGGACAGCCUCCAAACAUUGAUCUUAAGUCACAACAAUCUGAGUCAGAUCUCGUUGGGGAACCUCAAAGCCUUGCGGUUUCUUGACAUAAGGAAAACCUCACUGAUAUUUCAUCCGUCACAGCCAAAGAUAUGGGACCUCGAACAGCUCUCAGUAAAUAACGGUCUCUGCGAGUGCCCUUCAGAAGAACCUAAACGAGAAGCAGUGUCCGGAUUGUUCUGUUCCUGCCGUCUGCGGAUUGAAGAGUCUCAGGAGCACCGUCUGUCUGCACGCUUUGUGCGGGAUGUGAUAGAAAGCAUCACCAAUGAUACCUCAUCUAAUCUCACCUCGCCUUCACCUAUAACCCCUGUGUCCAAUGGCCGGAGCUGGCCUUACUUUGUGGGAUUUGUGCUCGUCGCAAUCUUCCUGUCCUGCAUCAUUGCUUUGGCUGCAAAAUUCAGUAUUCUCCGUAAAUACCUUCGCAGCUACCGUCACCGUCCACUGCCCGAGAACGAGUGGGUGAGUGAAACCCAGAGUGAAGUACCUGGCCUGCCAUAUCCAUCCCAUGAAGAUGAAGAUGGGUUUAUAGAGGAUAAUUAUAUUCAGCCAAGGGACCAUCCGGAGGAGGAAGAGGAGGAUGAAGGCAUGUAUAGACUCUGAUGGCCACAAAAGAUCAUUAUGGAGCUCAAUCUAUCAAGGCUUCCAGCUGGUUGCUUAUAGUGAUGCUAUAACAGCUUAAUCCUUGGACUCUUACUCUCCACGACAACUGGAGUCAUGCUUCUACAACUCAAGAUGUUAAGGAUCCAAGAUCGAAUCUAUGUGAACCUAUUGGAGAAGAAAUAGCACAUUCUUCUGUGUCCAGUCUUCAAGCUCCAUGACCUCCUUGAAC